AUGACACAGCAAAUGCAUAACCUGAGUCUCCUCCACACGAAGAAGAGCAGUGGGCCAUCUUCUCCCAAUGCUGCCAAGCGCUUGUAUCGGAACCUCUCGGAGAAGCUGAAGGGGAGUCACACAUCCUUUGAUGAGGCGUAUUUCAGAGCCCGGUCAGACCGACUCAGUCUCCGUAAGACUUCAAUGAAUUUCCAGUGCAACGAAGCUAUGUUCGAGGCCGUGGAACAGCAAGAUCUGGAUGCUGUUCAGAUCCUUCUCUAUCAGUACACAGCAGAGGAGCUGGACCUAAACACACCAAACAGCGAGGGACUAACUCCUCUGGAUAUUGCCAUUCUGACAAACAAUGUGCCCAUUGCUAGGACUCUUCUACAGGUUGGAGCGAAAGAAAGCCCACACUUUGUUAACAUGGAAAGCAGGUCAGCGCAUCUGAGCACCCUGGUCCAGGAAGCCCAGCAGCGAGUCACUGAGUUGUCUGCCCAAGUGAUGAAUGAAGGCCUGGGGAUGGACAGCACCGAAAAGGAGAAGCAGCUCAAAGCAUGGGAAUGGAGAUACAGGCUCUACAAGCGCAUGAGGGCGGGCUACGAGCACGCUAGAGCCCCCGAGGCGCCAACCAAUGUCUGUCUCAUGGUAACAAGCAGUACAUCACUCACUGUCACCUUCCAGGAACCUCUGAGUGUCAACUCAGCUGUGGUGACCAAAUAUAAAGUGGAAUGGAGCUGUUCAGAAGACUUUUGUCCUUUGGUUGGUGAAAUAAUUAUCGAUAAUCUUCAGUCUUUGAGGUGUACCAUCACAGGUCUCCGAACAGGCCAGAGAUAUUAUGUCCAUGUUUCCGCAUACAACAUGAGAGGAUGGGGACCUCCACGCAAAUCUACUCCUGUAUAUGCUUCUCCUUCAAACUGGAAAGACUGCAGUGGAAGAGAACCUCGGCACAGGGGACACACUGAGGCCCUGGAACGUCUCCUUCAGCAGGUUCGAGCAGCUCAUCAGCAUUAUAAUUGCAGAGAAAGUUCUAAAUUACAGAAUGCUGGUCGCAAGCAAUCAGUAUCUAGAAGCCUGAAGCAUCUUUUCCAUUCAUCAAACAAGUUUGUGAAGACUCUCAAACGGGGACUCUACUUAUCCGUUAUAUUUUUUUACAAGGACAACUUAUUGGUAACUAAUGAAGAUCAAAUUCCAAUCGUGGAAAUUGAUGACUCUCACAGUAGUUCAAUUAUGCAGGAUUUCCUGUGGUUCACAAAGCUGUCCUGUAUGUGGGAUGAUAUCAGAUGGCUGAGGCAGAAUAUGUCUAUAUCCGUGUCCUCAUCAACAACACUUCAGGCCAGGCAAAAGAUGCUUUCAGCAGCAGCACAGCUCCAGAACUUGCUGGGAACUCACAACUUGGGCAGAGUUUAUUAUGAGCCCAUCAAGGAUCGACAUGGCAAUAUCCUGAUAAUUACUAUAAGAGAAGUGGAGAGUCUUUAUUCAUAUUUUAAUGGCAAAUGGAUGCAGAUUUGCAAACUACAAAGCCAAAGGAAAUCCCUUUCAACUCCAGAGGAGCCAACAGCGUUAGACAUCUUGCUUAUAACUAUCCAGGACAUACUUUCCUAUCACAAACGAAGUCAGCAACGCCUCCCUCCCGGCCUGUAUUUGGGUUACCUUAAACUCUGCAGCUCUGUGGAUCAAAUCAAAGUUCUGGUACUGCAGAAGUUGCCUAAUGUCCUGUGUCAUGUCAAAAUCCGAGAUAACUGCAAUGUUUCCAAAGAUGAGUGGGAAUGGAUCCAAACACUUUCUGGCUCAGAAUCCGUGGAAAGUAUGGAUCAUACUUCAGACUGCCCUACUCAAUUGUUCUUGUAUGAGCUCCAGAUGGCAGUGAAAGCUCUCCUUAAACAGAUCAAUCUACCUCCACAUCAGGCUAAGCACUUCCGUCUGUAUACACAGGAGGUGUUGGAACUGGGUCACAAUGUCUCCUUUCUUCUCCUGCUCCCCGCCUCAGACGACGUCUGCACUGCCCCAGGACAGAAUAAUCCUUACACCCCACACUCAGGAUUUCUUAACCUCCCUCUUCAGAUGUUUGAACUCGUUCAUUUUUGCUGUUACAAGGAAAAAUUUAUAAGCCUGUAUUGCCGCCUUUCUGCUGUCAUAGAGCUGGACUCUCUGAAAACCCAGCAGUCCCUGAGGGAAGCAAUUUCAGACAGUGAAGUCGCUGCAGCCAAACAAAGACACCAGCAAGUUACAGACUACAUACAGCAAAUUGAUGAGAUCUGGCGGGAAACGAGGUGGAUCACAGAAGCACUGCAGUAUGCGAGAUACAAGCAGCCCGCCCCUGGCUUACCCAUCAAGAAGCUUGUCGACCUUGCAGAAGAGCGGACCCAGAAGAAAAUCAGUUCCACAUCUUCACAUCUCGAUUGUCUUCCUUCACCUCCCGCCUCACCUGAGACAAGAAGCCAGAGGAGAAAAGCUGUGAGUGAUUCCCAGCCCUGCUCAGAUGAAGAAGGCUGCUCUGAAGUAUUCCUUCCAACUGACAGUGACUAUGAUUCCAGCGAUGCUUUAAGUCCCAAAGAAUUAGACUUAAUAUAUUCCUCCUCAAAUGACAUAUCCCAGCAGGCAGGCAGUGGCCUAGGUGGCAGCGCACCUGAUGUUCUCCAAGUCCAUGACAUGAAGCCCUGCCUAACGUUGAAAGAAGGCCUGAAAGAGUGUAGUGCCUUUGAUACUAAUGCUGAAUAUUGCACAGAGUACAUGAGUAAUCUAACAAUGUCAGGGCUUACAUCAAAAAGCAUAGACAAGUCCUCUAGCUCCAGGCAGCCGUUGAGCUUUUUGGGUAAAAAAAGGCUAGGGAAGCACCAACAUUACAACUACUUCAGCCGUCAGCAUCGUUGGCUACGUGUGCACAGUGAGACACAGUCUGGCUCUCUGUCUGAAGGCGUUUAUACUCAGCAUCUCCUGAGAUCUACAGAUUUAUCUCAAGAACCUACCUCCACUGAGCAGAUAAAGCUUCCUGCCAAUGGCUCUCGGAGCACUUUCUUACCUCAUACAUCCAGCCUUCCAGAAGAUGGGAAAGGCAAGUAUGAGGAAUCAAGGCAGCAUCUCCAUAGGAUACAUGUUGAGCCUUAUGAAACAACAUUGCUGCAUGAAGAAGGCAAGUCCUUGGCAGUGAGCCCACAGUCUGUAGAACAUAAGGGUGUGCACGAUGCUAUGCAACAGCAAACGGGUCCAGAUGACCAGUCAGGUUCUUCUGUCUCAGAAGUCUUCAGCAGCACACUGUAACCCCGGCACUGCUUCCCACUGCUCCACAAUGACAGCAUUAUGCACACAGGGACGUACUCUGAAAACCACACUGAAAAAUCCAACUCCUCCUGUGGCAACUCUUGAUACUCGGAAGAGUCCCAGUCUUACAGGAGUAUCCUUCACGAUGCAAGAGUUCUUAUUUGCAUCUGCAGUUUUGCAGGUAGAGUCCUGCCAUUCACCUUGUAACA